UCAGCUCUGUUGAAUGUAUUUGUGUCUGAACAACUGAAUCUGACAGAACACGAUGAUCAACAUCAGCGACGGAGGAGAUCAAAGCCUGCGACACGAUGAGCAGUUUGUCACAUGUUGGUUCUCUGAGAUCUAAACUUGAGGAAACUCUUGUGUCAUAUCAUCACCUGAACGCAACUGAGUGGAACGUUGCAAAGAAAUCAAAGGAUGUGACCGUUUGGAGGAAACGUUCGGAGGAAUUUGGUGGAUUUCUGUAUAAAGCAGAGGGAAGAGUUGCAGAGAAUCCCCAGAGGAUUGUGGAGUAUAUCCGGCCCGGGCCGUGCAGAUUAAACUGGGACAGUCUAAUGACUUCAAUGGAGAUUGUAGAAACACUUGACGAGGGCUGUUGCGUUGUGAAAUACACAACAGCAGGACAACUGUGGGAUAUCAUUUCUCCUCGAGAGUUUGUGGAUUUUUCGUACACUACAGACUAUGAGAAUGGUCUGCUAUCCUGCGGUGUGAGCGUUGACCAUGAUGAACACAAACAGGGUUUCGUACGAGGGUUUAAUCACCCGUGUGGUUGGUUCUGCAUUCCAGAGGAGAAUUCUACACACAGUUUACUAACUGGCUACAUCCAAACUGACCUGCGGGGAAUGUUACCGCAGUCUGCGGUGGACACAGCGAUGGCCAGCGGUCUGGUCAAUUUUUACAGUGACCUCAGACAGGCUCUACAUGUUUAGCGUAGUCUCCAUUACGUGCAGAUUGUAAUAAUGAAAGAAUUAUGCAGAGACCAAGCAAUGCUUUGGUUUUUAUUUAUUAACUGAUAGUACAUAUGUAAAUUAAAAAGUUCACGGUUGAAUAUUUCCUGUGUCAUCUGACUUUCAGUCAGUUUCAUUUCUGUGCAAUGAUUAAUAAAUGAACCCUAAAACUUCA